AAGAUCCAGCUUCCUUCAAAGAGUCGUAAUUCCCAUAAGUAGUCAUUCUAGCGUUUAACUUAUUUUCCCACAUAUAUUUGAAUGAAACUCACGCGGACAAUGAACUUAUCCAAUCACUGAGCUAUCUACUCAGAGCGUCCACAAAUACGUAAACGUCAUUCCUGUAACGGUCCAAUCACGUGCUGUGUGUUAUUCAAUGCGGCAGUGACAAUAACUUCCCCUUUCAGUUGGCUCUCUAGAUGUACUCGUGACGUGUAUUGCCGAGGAGUCCUGUUAAACUAUAGUUUUCUGAGUAUGAUGUUUUUCAACUUUCUUUGAUAAUCACAUGAAGUGAAUGACUGGAGAGGAAAAAGUCGCGCAAAUCGUGUUAAGUCAGUUUCGGUAGCAACAAUGCCUCUCUCGGUUGGAAGAGGAGAGGGACAGGCUAACAGAAAUGUGAUCUUUUCGCUCGUAGUUGUGUUGUUGUCGGUCGGAGUUGCUGCCAUCCAAGAAGAGCAAAAAUCAGUACAAGAGCAACCCCCACCAGAGAAAACAUCGACUGCCCAUCCAGUAAGUUCAAUCGUUUCUGAAGAUGGCUCCAGCAAAGCAAACCUGGGUUUCAUUCAUGCCUUUGUGGCCUCUAUCUCCGUCAUCAUCGUGUCAGAGUUGGGAGACAAGACGUUUUUUAUCGCAGCCAUCAUGGCAAUGCGUUACAACCGUCUCACCGUACUAGCUGGAGCCAUGCUGGCCUUGGGAGUCAUGACUUGUCUUUCAGUACUUUUCGGCUAUGCUACCACAAUUAUACCAAGAAUCUACACAUACUAUGUUUCCACUGCUCUGUUUGCCAUCUUUGGUGUACGGAUGCUGAGAGAAGGGUUGAAGAUGAGUCCAGACGAAGGCCAAGAAGAGCUUGAGGAAGUGCAGGCUGAGAUCAAGAAAAAAGAUGAAGAACUUCAACGGUCUAAACUCAUCAAUGGGGCUCCAGAUGUGGAGGCUGGCUUAGGAACAGCCCUACCUCAGCAGAAGUGGUACAGCUUCAUCUCACCCAUCUUCAUCCAGGCCUUCACCCUCACCUUCCUUGCAGAGUGGGGAGACCGUUCACAGCUGACCACCAUUAUUCUAGCAGCACGAGAGGAUCCUUUUGGAGUGGCAGUGGGUGGAACACUUGGACACUGUCUGUGCACAGGUCUGGCUGUGAUAGGAGGAAGAAUGAUCGCUCAGAAAAUAUCUGUGAGAACAGUUACAAUCAUUGGAGGGAUAGUUUUUCUGGCAUUUGCCUUCUCCGCCUUGUUCAUCAAACCAGAAGCUGGACUUUAAUUUGAUAAGACUUUUCCAUUUCACUCUGUAAAUAAGUGUAAAAUUGGUUAAGUUGCUGUAGGGUCUUUAGUUUUAGACUGUGUGUCCAAGAGGAAAGUCUGAAAGGCUAAAUGGAUUAAAAAUCCUCUCUACUUCUCCUUGGAAAGCCUUUGUUCCAUUAGUGUCAGGUUGUUGGAGGUUAGCAUUAAAUAGUUCCCGCAAGCGUCAACAUGUUUGCAAAUUCUUGUGAAUGGUUCAGCUGUUGACUGCCAAGAAAUUGUUCUAAAGUCAAGGAGCUGGGCAUCAGCCUAGAACAGAAAACCCUCACAAGAUCUCACGUCGUCUGAAAGAAGAGCAGUUACAGGAUGGGGCAGAUGACAGCUUGGGGAGGAGGCAGGACUCUUCUACCCACCUGUAAGAGCUGUAUUCUCACAACAUCCUCUCAUCACCGACUGCUGCCCUCCAGCUACAGCCGUGUAACCAGACAUACUUUAUUCACUCAACCAUGUUAGUUAGAAGUAAAUCUUUUUGUUUUUGAACAUUGAAAGUCUUGAUUUUAAAAUGCUAGUUGUAUACAGAGCUGCUUGACCAGCAUUCAGAGCUGAUGUUGCUCUGUCCUUUCCAUCUUUCUCUGAGUGACAUUUUGCCCAUGCAUUAAAAACCUAGAUGAUGUGAGUCCACUUAAAUGGAGAAACGGUGGCAGGAGAACCAGCAGCACAUAUAACCUUUUUGUUUCUGUGUGUUCUGAUAUAAUUUAUUAUGUUUUAGAGAAGGAUUGCAUACCUCCAAUCAUUUUACAUAGGAGCCAACCUGAACCACCGCUGUACUUGUGUCCACGUGUCCCCAAAUGUUUGUCGGAGUAUUUACAUCUAGACAGCAAACAGAGCUAUGCUAAGUUCUUUUAAAUUAUAAAUGUUGACUACAUUAAUAAUGGGGUACUUGACCUUUUUUGUUUACCUCAACCAUGAAUAGAUCAAGUUUUAUUCUUUUCCUGUGUGGACCUUUUAGCUCCAAAUCUUAAACUUACAACAAAUAGUUCAGGUACAGAAUAAAUACACGUCACUCCUUUUAAUUUUGUUGUACCUGGUGGGACUAAACAAAAUCCAAUACAUAUUUAUUUAGCUAUUUUUAUAGGCAUAUGUACUGUGGACACAGAAUGGGAGGUCACUGUAAGCAAAGGAUGGGAAAAUGUUUUUCAACUGAACAGGCUAAAGCUGCAUUGUCAAUAUUUGACAGGCUGUGAAUACUUCUGUUUGUCGUAUGGGUGUUUAAUGCCAAUAAACCUGAAAUGCUCAGUAAA